AUGGUCGCGAAUGUUUCACUAUGGAGAUAUCCUAUGCACCACAGAAAAAAGACAGGAAAAAAACGGCUGAAGACCUUUACAAGUUACUUCGAGAUGAUCCAUAUUACUAAAGGAAAAAGAUGUAAACAAGGCUACAAGAUACCAAGAGAAGGUUUGUGUGUAUAUGGCACACAAUGUCAUGGGUAUGCAGUAGACCUGUACGAGAUGGAUUACAUAAAACUUUUCUACGUCGUCCGUAGUAUCGGAACUACUGUAAUUUGCCGAAGUGAUAUUAAGAAACUCGCCUUCGUUUUACGAAUGAUGUGGGCAUUUAGAGAAAGGAUGAGUGCUGCGAACAAGGUCUGGGACAAUUUGGAAAGUAGAUAUGAAACUCAUACACCACAAAGCUCGUCUGAUGAUGCAAAUGAUUACACUAAGGCGACACCGAAGAAACGUGUAAAACUUGCUGCUAAUAUUAAAUAA